GCCGCCUUGUGGCCGCGGGCGGAACUGCUGUUUUUCUCCCCGCGGUAUGGAUAACCCGUCUGCGGAUCUCCGCGGAGCUUCAGCGCUGUCGGUGCGGGGCGGUUGAGCCGUAGCAUCUGUCCACUGUCACCCCCAAGCCGUCUUCUGUUGUUGGAGCGACCAAAAGCGGUCCCGCGCGGGCUCGGAGUGUUCGCGCUGCCGUCGGGCUGGACUUUCCUUCAGAUCCCUCUGGAUUAAGACGGGACUCGGCUGUGAUUCCGGCACGAACCGUGGAUUAUUGCCCGCAUCUCUCGUGAACGCGGAGGGUACUUGUUCGAGAUUUGAGAGAAGAAAGUGAAAUAGUCGAUGUCGAACAAGCGGACACUUGUUGAGGCGGAAUUCGCCGAGCGAACCUUCGGCUCCGUCCGUCUUUAGCUUCCGAUGCUACAAAGUUUCCCGCAGGCUUGGAGCGCGGUGCGGUGGAUGUGCGUGAGGCGGGGAGCGGACCGUGACAUGCAGCUCACUGCAGCCUAGCUAAGAGGGCUCGCUGCCGCCGUUCGGCUCCGUGUUUGUGUGUUAGUUUGUUAGUUAGCAGAGACGGCUAACGUCAUGUUCGCACUCAAACAAGUGGUUGAUAGAAAUGUUCUCCCCGUCCCUCCUCCACGCCGUUAACUCGGCGUAAACUACCGUCUUUCCGGUCAAACGCUGUCGGGGUUGAUCCACGGACGGCGGCGGGGUUUUAACUCGCGGCGCUCACUUCUUAAAAACGAUCAACUUUCCGGCUUAAAGUUAGCUUAGCAGCGUUAGCCGCGGCCGAACAAACGUCUGGCACGAGCGCAGCGCGCACUUCGCUCCGCUUCUCCUGGUGUCUGACGGGGUUCUGUGACCCCUCCUCCAGCCGAACCUCUGCUCUGAGGAAUCCCCGAACCCUCGCGACCAACUGACCAGCGGGCCGCACCAUGUCCGGCUCCCCGGGCGCCAGUGGCUCAAAUCCCAGGAAGUUCAGCGAGAAGAUCGCGCUGCACAACCAGAAGCAGGCGGAGGAGACGCGGGCCUUCGAGCAGCUGAUGACGGACCUGACGGUGUCCCGGGUGCAAUUCCAGAAGGUCCAGCAGCUUCGGUUGUCUCAGUCCCGGGCACCGUACUAUGGGGGCUCCCUUCCCAAUGUCAACCAGAUUGGUAACACCAGCAGUGAGUUUCAGGGCGGAUUCUCCGCAGGGCUGGACUCCAUCAGAGGGACACGCCACCAUGGUCUGGUUGAGAGGGUCCACAGAGACCGCACCCGCAUCACCUCCCCCCACCGUCGACCCAUUGACAAGCACGGGCGGCAGAUUGAGAACUCCCCGUAUGGAGCGGCGUACCUGUCCCCCCCUCCGGACAACAACUGGAGACGGGAACAGCAGCCGUGGACUGAGGAAAAGCGGCCUGGGUUUAGAUUAUUAGCACAGCUCAACAGAACCAACUCGGACUCGGCUCUGCAUACGAGUGCCACCAACCCGAACCCCCAGGACCCGUUUGGCAUGAGCCAGCAGAUGGGCCGAGGGCCUUCACAGCGCAAUGGCUGGCAUGCAGCUAAUGUGAACGAGGCCGACGUGGACUGCUCUGGAGAUGUCUUCUCCUUCCCCGCCCUGCCUCCCGAGGAUGGUCUCAUGGGGCUCAGUAAGCCCCUGCCGAAGCAGCUGUGGGACGCCAAGAAGGUCCAGUCUUUGGCAUCAAGACCCAAAUCCUGUGAAGUGCCUGGAAUAAAUAUCUUCCCGUCUCCGGAGCAGAACCCCAGUUUGUCCCACUAUCAGGGCUCGUUGGGUACCGGCGGCUCCCUGCCUGACCUCAGCAACCUUCAGUUUCCGUCCCCCCUCUCCACGCCGCUGGACCCUGAGGACACCGGAGGGUAUCCCAACUUGAGCGGUGGCAGCAGCACGGGGAACCUGCCGGCUGCCAUGAUGCACCUGGGCAUUGGCAACUCCCAAGCAGGUCUCUCCACCUCCCUCAGCAAUCCCUCCAUCCAGGCAUCUCUCAGCAACUGCCAGCUACAAUCUUCGCUCAGCAACCCCUCCAUCAGUUCCUCCCUGCGCUUAUCCAGCUCCUCGCCCCGGCGGCGGCCAGCUCCCAUCAGCCCCCUCACCCUGUCUCCAGGAGUGGAGCCAAGACGGGGUCUGACCAAACAGAUGUCUCCCACAAUGUCCCCCACACUGUCCCCCAUCACACAGGGGGUUGCUUUGGAUACCAGCACUAUGGGACGGGAGCCCCCCCCACCCUACCCACUCUACCAACAGUCCCAGCAUUCUGUGGAUGCUGGGCAUCAGUGCCAACAACCUCACCAGCAACAGCCCCCACCCCUGCAUCAGCCAAUGUCCCCGUCCCAGAACAUGCAGCUGGACUUCACUCAGGGCCAGCUGCACAACAGUGUGGCAUCAUUCUUCAACGACCCUUUCAGCGAGCAGCAGUUCUCUACCCGGCAGAGCAGGCCCCUCCCCUAUCAGCUGGAUCACGCCAGUCAGUUGGAGAACUCCAUGAGCUCCACUGCAGGGGGAUCCUGCUUGGAUCCCUCGUCCUCCUCCUUCUAUCAUUCGCAGGCCGCUCUGUUUGGGCUGGGGGGCAGCCUGCAGGACCAUAUGCACAUGAAGCACAUGCUAUACUCCAACUGCAGCGGAGGCCUGCCCAACAUCAUCCUCACCGAUGAGUCCAGCUCCAGUCUGUCCAAGGACAUCAGCGGCGCCCUCUCCACGGUCCCCGAAAGCUUUGACGUUGAGGGGGGGUUCCCUCUGGAGGACGAGCUGCACAUCGAGCCGCUCAGCCUGGACGGUCUGAGCAUGCUCAGUGACCCCGACAUGGUGCUGCCGGACCCGUCUGUGGAGGAUUCUUUCCGUAGCGACAGACUGUGAGAGUGACACCCGGACUGAGGGGCCACGUGCACGUGCCCAUCCAUUGACUGACGAGACGUGCACUCUCUCCUCUUUCUCUCUGACGCGUGCACGAGCAGGUCUGCAUCUGUGCACAGAUUUGGGGGGGUAUCUCCGUUGGUCCACCACCCCCUCCUCAAAGCUAAUGGCACUCAGAGACGCUCGAGUCCGGUUCUGAGUCUGCUCGCAACCAUGGCAACAGCAACGUAACCAUGGUGACGAACCAUAGCAACCCCGCCGCCACGCAGGAGUGUGGAGGUAAAGCUUUUCUGAGCGCGCUCAGAUCGCCACAGAUUUCAUAUUUAUAUUGGUCAAACGUCAGCGAGGAGUUUAUGGAGACAAAAAGGGCAAAGUGUUUACAGGUUUCAUCAGAGGAGUGCAGCUCAAACCAAGACCUGAUCCUGGACUUUCCUCCAGUCUUUGAACCCAAAUCUUUUUUAUCCGUUUAUCUUCUGAUCUGAGAGUUUCCGCCAAGUUCAGUGUUUUGUACCAAACCAGGAACUGCGCUGUGGUGUCCCCCCACCCCUCUUUUAGGGCGCCCCCUGUCCUUGUGAUGUGAAAUUGCACUUGACCUCUUUUGCACUAAUUGGAGAAAUUUCCCUGCAGCCCAAAGAAGCUAAACGCCACCAUGCUGACCAGCAACUGUCUAAAGACAGAUACCCCCUCCCCUCGCAGCCCCUCUGGUGGGGGUGUCACUGGACCCCCCAUUCCUGUAAAAUACUGACAAUACUCUGUGGAGGGUCCUGGGGUCCAUUUUUCUUUGCUCUGGCUGUCUCUGCUUGGGGGGGUCGCCCCAUCUGCCUCUGCUGCCUCCCACAUUCAGAUGUACAGUUGUGUUUUCUUGUUCACGGAUGUUCCUGCAGAUUCUGCACUUUCUGGGUUUGUAACCGUUUCCAGCUUCUCUGGCUUCACAAAACAAUAAAGCCUGAACUCCUGAAGGCGCUGUGCUGCUUCAUGCUUCCUGCAGGGGGCAGCAGAGCAGCUUCAGUUCUGGAUCAGUGGCUGUGUUCUUUUAAACUGCUGCAUCUUCAGUUAGAGAAAAUCUGUCUGCGUUUUUUCCUUCAUGUCACCCUGAAUGUGAAAUCCUCCUUUCAGCAGGACUUUCUCCUCAAGCUUGGAGGAAAGGAUUUAGGGAAUAAAGGGAGCAGUGAUUUCAGGCGGGA